GCCCCACUCCCAACAAAAAUAAAAAUAGCAAACAAAUUGAAAGAAAAAGGUAGAGAAUUCCAGAUACUUCACCCAUCCAAGGAAACUACCUUUGCCCAGUCCAACGGCCAGGAUCGCAUCAUUUCUCCAUCUCCACCGUCCGAAUUUUCAUUAUAAAUAUUCGGCCCUUGUUUCGCUCACACUCGCAUUAACGAGUGUUACUUCUCUCUCAUCUUCUUCUAGCUGUAGAAGCUCUUGUUCCGAACUCGCGAUCGCGUGUGACAAUCGAUCCCUGUGAUUCUCGACUGAGGAGUUAAUACUGAGUAAUUGAACAUGUUUGGAAGAGGGGCGCCAAAGAAGAGCGACAAUUCGAGGUAUUAUGAGGUCCUUGGAGUGCCCAAGACGGCAUCGCCUGAUGAUUUGAAGAAGGCGUAUAAGAAAGCUGCGAUUAAAAACCAUCCUGAUAAGGGCGGUGAUCCUGAGAAGUUCAAAGAGCUUGCUCACGCGUAUGAAGUCCUGAGUGAUCCCGAGAAACGUGAAAUCUACGACCAGUAUGGUGAGGAUGCACUCAAGGAAGGAAUGGGUGGAGGAGGCGGCAUGCAUGAUCCAUUCGAUAUAUUCUCCUCAUUCUUUGGUGGGAGCCCAUUUGGAGGUGGUGGUAGCAGCAGAGGAAGAAGGCAAAGAAGGGGAGAAGAUGUUGUACAUCCAUUGAAGGUGUCUCUUGAGGAGCUCUACCUUGGGACCACUAAGAAGCUCUCAUUAUCGCGCAAUGUUAUAUGUUCAAAGUGUAGUGGUAAAGGAUCGAAAUCAGGAGCUUCAAUGAAAUGCUCAGGUUGUCAAGGAAGUGGUAUGAAGGUCACAAUCAGGCAACUUGGCCCCGGUAUGAUCCAGCAGAUGCAGCAUGCGUGCAAUGAGUGCAAAGGCACUGGAGAAACCAUCAAUGACAAAGAUCGGUGCAGCCAGUGCAAGGGUGAGAAGGUUGUUCAGGAGAAGAAAGUCUUGGAAGUCCACGUUGAGAAGGGGAUGCAGAAUGGACAGAAGAUUACCUUCCCCGGAGAGGCUGAUGAGGCGCCUGAUACUGUGACUGGAGAUAUAGUGUUCGUGCUCCAACAGAAGGAGCACCCCAAAUUCAAGAGAAAGAGCGAUGAUCUCUUCACGGAGCACUCGCUGUCGCUAACUGAGGCCUUGUGUGGCUUCCAGUUUAUCUUGUCUCAUCUAGAUGGUAGGCAGCUCCUCAUCAAAUCGCACCCGGGAGAAGUUGUGAAGCCUAAUUCAUACAAGGCUAUUAACGAUGAAGGAAUGCCAGUGUACCAGAGGCCCUUCAUGAAGGGCAAGCUCUACAUCCAUUUCAACGUUGAUUUCCCUGAAACCCUAGCUCUCGACCAAGUCGCUGUAUUGGAGAAGAUCCUCCCCACUAGGCCGCAGUCCCAGUUGACAGACAUGGAGAUUGAUGAGUGUGAGGAGACGACCCUCCACGAUGUCAACAUCGAGGAGGAGAUGAGGAGGAAGGCUCAGCAACAGGAGGCGUAUGAUGAGGAUGAUGACGACAUGCACGGCGGGGCACAAAGGGUUCAAUGCGCCCAACAGUGAUGGAGGUGUGUUGAAAUCCCCUCCGGCAAUGUAGGGGGGCUGAAACAAAAAGAAUUUAUUUGAGCUGUGAGGCCCCCUAGUGAAAAAGACUGGUUUUUUUGGCCUCGCCUGUUUGUGAAAACCAUAUUCUCUCAUAAAUGCACACAGUAAUGUUCCUUCAACUAGGUUUGUGUCUGUAUGUGAUAUAUUUUUAAUGAUAAUGCACGAUCCUUGUUUCA